AAACGAUCAUCAACCUAUCACAUUUUAAACGAUAUUGUAGAGAAAACAUGUAUCGUUUUAUGUUUGUUGUUAUUUACGCUGUUUAUAUCCCAUUUGCGAGAGGAACAUGUGAGUCGUUUUUGUACGAUAUCUUGAAUUGUUAUGGUCUAUAUGAUGUUCACCCAAUAACCUCUCCGGAUUCCAUUCUCACUUUGUGUGACCAGUAUUAUCCAAUAUGCUCUGCAAAAGCGACCUUUCUGAACUGUUACAAGAAUGCAAUGGCAUCAUGCGAAGACAAGCGUUUAUUUAAUCCACUUAUUAUGGAAGAACUGUCAGUAAAAUCGGUUCUGAAUGGAUGUUGCGCAAAAGAAGCAGUUAUUUCGGAUGGUAAAACCCAAUGUUUUGGAGACCUAUACAACGAUAUUCAUACGAUAAUCAGAGAGUAUUGUUUCCGAAUGGAUAUUUUGACUCAAGUAGCAGUCAAAGCUGUUGACUCUGGAAAUUGGACAACGUAUUGUGGAUUACUUGAUGAAGCGCAAGUUUGCAUAAAAAGCAUUACCAGUCCAUUGAACUGUACUACAGCGUACAACGACGCCACUAUGCACCUUAUGUAUGCAUCACAGCCACCAUAUUGUUGGGAUAACUCUUACAACUUUUAUUGGAUCGACCGAUAUGGCAUCAACGCAUGUACGUCUAAUUGGUCUAGGUGCCAUUAUAUAACUAUGAUGUUGAUUUUUCUAUUUGUUAUGACAUUGUAUUUUGUAAACUAAACUUAUAAUAGUUGUCGCAAUGUAUUUUGAAAAUUAAACUAAGUUUGAUUUUUU